AUGUUGUGUGUUAGAAGGCCAUCAGAUAAUACGAUAAGAGAAUAUUUGCAAGAGAGAACAGAGGAAGCAUUUUCAUAUUCACCGGUACAUGGAACCAAAGAGUACGAAACUAAAGAAGAGUAUCAACAUGACUCCAAGUACAAUCAAUUCGAUAUAGAUCAAACUAGGAUCAAAUUGGGCAAUGGAAGAGAAUGCUUUGAAAAGGCAGUACAAGCACUCAAGACUUGGAAACCAUUCGAUAUUGAUUGGGUUAAUUUCUGUUUCAACGAUGUUCCUGUGGCAGUAGGAUCGACCGUUGGCAUUCUAUCAAAGCAAUUGGGAUUUUGGGUGUUGUCAUUUUGUCGAAUCGUCUAUAUCAUUGACGGUCCCGAAGAAGAUGACGAUGUUGUUCGCUAUGGAUUUGCAUACGGUACACUAUCACAACAUUUGGAGCGUGGAGAAGAAAGAUUUGUAGUUGAAUGGCGUCGAACAGCUGCCAACCCAGAAGGUGAAGUCUUUUAUGAAAUAAUGAGUUUCUCUGAACCUCAACACUGGAUGACUCAACUUGGUUAUCCUUUGGCAAGAUUCUUUCAAAAUAAGUUUGGUAUUGACUCAGGGAAUGCAAUGUUGCGAGCAGUAGGUUCUGCUCAAGCUAUUAAACAUAUAUAG